UGAUUUCAAAGUUGAGUAAUUUUUGUUUAAUAGUGGUGCUUAUGUGUUUUGUUAUUGAGUUGAACAGCGCUAAUAUAUGUAUUUAUAUUGAAUUUUGAAAGGAGUAUAGCUGAUUGGGAUUUAAUAGGAAAAAUAAUGGAACAGAAUCUUAAGCAGUGUCGUAUUAUUCUUGAACCAAUUAUUCUUGAAAAUAACAUAAACACUCAAUCAAAUGCACCAAAGUGCCAAAAAAAUGAAGAGCAAAAUACUAAGAAUAAUACCACUUCACGUAUUAAAUUCCACAAUAUUAGUGAACUUAUUUCUGCCAAAGAUGUUACUUAUAAUUUAACUGAAAAAUCUGUUACAUCCUGUUUUGUAGAACUAGAAAAUGUAAAAAUUGAAAAUAGUAUUAAGUGUGACAAAUUAGAUAUAGUAAACACACCACAAACCACUUCAAAAUGUAAAAAGUCUAAGCAACCACAAGAUAAUGGUAUUCCGUUUGAACCUGUUACUCCAAAGGCUCAUAUAGAGUUUAGUCUUGAAUUAAAAAAAGCAAUAAAUGAACGCAACAUUUUAACUUCAAAAACAAAGAAACAUGUAUUUGAAGCUCUUGAUGAAAUUAAAAAUAAAACGGAAGAGGCACGUCGUACAUUUAAAAAAGAAAAAGCUGUUUUAGAAAUUGUAAACAGUGAAAUAAAAUAUGUUCAUCAACUUGAAAUCAUUAUCAAUUUUUUUAUGAAACCAAUAAAAGAACAUAAUUUAUUAAAACCAGAUGAUUAUGGUAUUCUCUUUAGCAAUAUUUAUACUAUAUAUAAUGUCAAUAAGGAGUUGUUGGAUGAAUUAGAUAAAGGCGUAGGAAAUAUUGCAACUGCAUUUUCUAAAAUUGCCCCAUUUCUGAAACUGUAUUCUGUAUAUGCUUAUGAAUUCAAAGACAGUUUAAAAAUUCUGCAGAAUGCAAGACUGUUAAAUCCUCAAUUUGCAAAUUUCAUAGAAAACCAGGAAACUAGACCUGAAAUUCAGAACAAACUUUCUGCUUUAUUGAUAACUCCUAUUCAGCGUGUACCUAGAUAUAAACUUUUACUGACAAAUUUGUACAAUUUAACCAAACCAUCAGAGGAAGGUUUUGACGUUUUAUCAGAUUGUCUGCAUAAGAUAGAGGAGGUAGCCGAACAUAUCAAUAAUUUAGUGGAAGAUCAAGAAAUUAUGCAGCGGUUACUUGAAUUUCAAAGGUGUCUACGUGGUGAACCAAAUAUAAUUAUACCCGGAAGAAAACUGAUGAAGGAAGGCAUACUUACAAAAAUGUCUUCAAAAAAUGGUCACAGUGAAAAACUUUAUGUGGUUCUAAUGAAUGACAUAAUAAUGUUCUCUAAAAUGAAAAAAGAUGAACCGAAGGUGAAUUCGUUAAAAUGCUUCAGUAUCUUUCCUCUGAACAAGUGUAAAAUCAUUGAAAUUCUGGAUAAAGGUUGCCUAAAAGUUAUUUGCCAGGAUGAGGAAUUAAUUCUUUACCACGAACAGUUUAAUGAAACUAAGAAUUGGAUUAAGACGAUCAAGGAAACAAUUGACGAUCACUUAAAAGACAGAAAGACGUUACGGAAGGAAAGUUCGGCUCGUAGACCUGUGAAAAGGAAAGACCUGUAUGAAUACCAUGAAGUUGGGCUUAGUCCUGGAAGACCAUUGAAGAAGAAAAGAUUGGACUUGGACAUAGAAAAUACAAAUUCUAUGUCAAAUCAUAAAAUUUCAAGAAGAAGACCUAUUCGAAGUACUUCAGAAAAAAUUAAUGGUGACACAAGUUUGCCCUGUUCUUUAAUUGUACCUGAGAUCACUGUAAAAAAUAGUAUAUCAGGAAGCAGCCAAAAGGUAUCAGAUCUUGCCAAGGAUCUGUACGUAUUUGGAAAACCCGCUGAUAACACCGGAUUCAGAUUGGGUAAAUUUUUUGGAGGCAUGAGUUCCACUAUAAAAAGAUUUUUAGGUUUUAGGAAUUAAUUUUUCUAACUUCCAUAAGUAUUUUUUGUUUUAUAUAAUUUUAUAUAAGUUUCGUAUUUUUAUUUCCUCAAUUUUGAACGUGUAAUACGAUAAUAUUACCCUUUACGUUCAUUUUGCUAACCCAAGCCUAUAAUUGAGUUACUUUCGUCUGUAAUUAAGUUUAAAAGUAUUACACAUUUGCGUUAGUCGCGGGAUAUGUAUAGUUUGCAUUAAAACUGUUCAAAUGGCAGAUAUUUAACAAAGUUUGUAAUAAUUUAAAAAUUAGGAGAAAAGUUUUACCGACCAUUUGCGAAAAAUUUCAAAUAUUUGUUAAUUUUAAUAUUACGCUAUACAUAAAGCAAAAUAAACUAUAAUUCAUUUUAUCUCUACUAGCUUAAAACUUGCAAGCUAAUUAUUCGACAUCUGAGGAUGAAGUGACAGUUACGUUAAAUGUUUUUUCAAAUCAUAUAUUUUUAUUACUGGAAAAAGUUUUAAUAUAUUUUUUAGAAUUA